UGUUUUAAACCACAAUGCAAACUCGGCUUUGUCUUAUAGUUAGUCGAAAUUCGUAGUGGGUUCUUCCGUCCUCUGUGACGAACUUUUGAAUCAUGAGUGCUGAAAUAGAUACGCACAUAACGAAGAAAUACGAAAUCAAAAAACGUUUGGGAAAAGGAGCUUAUGGAAUUGUCUGGAAAGCUAUCGAUCGACGAACGGGAGAAGUCGUUGCUGUCAAAAAGAUUUUUGACGCUUUUAGAAACCAAACUGACGCUCAGAGAACCUUUCGUGAGAUAUGUUUUCUUCAGGAAUUUGGAGAUCACGACAACAUCAUAAAACUGCUAAAUGUAAUAAAAGCAGAUAAUGAUAAAGACAUCUACCUUGUAUUUGAAUAUAUGGAUACUGAUCUUCACAAUGUAAUAAAGAAAGGAAACAUUCUUAAAGAUAUACACAAAAGAUAUAUUAUGUAUCAGAUAUCUAGGGCAGUUAUGUACCUACACUCCGGAAAUGUCAUACACAGAGAUCAGAAGCCAAGUAAUGUCCUUCUGGAUUCAGAGUGUUUCGUCAAGAUGUGUGACUUUGGCCUAGCUAGAUCAGUAACUAGUAUGACGCAAGAAGCUGGUGAUCCUAGUUUAACAGAUUAUGUGGCAACACGGUGGUACAGAGCUCCUGAAAUUCUGCUGGCAUCACCGAGGUAUACAAAGGGCGUAGAUAUGUGGUCUCUAGGAUGUAUUUUGGGAGAGAUGCUCCUAGGAAAACCAAUAUUUCCAGGAACAUCAACUUUAGAUCAAAUAGAGAAAAUUAUGACAAUAAUCCCCACUCCUUCUAGACAAGAUAUUGACAGCAUCAAGUCACAGUAUAGUUCAUCAGUGUUAGACAGAAUGGCCUGUAAACCUAAGAAAAGUAUAGAGGAAAUCCUUCCAAAUGCACCACCAGAUGGAAUUGAUCUGUUGAAAAAAUUACUUCAGUUUAACCCUGAGAAGCGACUGACAGCAGAGCAGGCUUUGAGUCAUCCAUAUGUAGCAAGAUUCCACAAUCCUGAAGAAGAACCAUCAAUGGACUAUGAUGUGAUUCCUGCCCUGAAUGACGAUGUUCAGUUAAGCGUGGAGGAGUAUCGUGUUAAACUUUAUGAGAGUAUCAUUCAGAAGAAAACCACCAUCAGAAGAAAAAGAAGGGAGAUUUUACUCCAAGAUCAGAAGCAGAAACAUGCACAAGCUGCUGAGCAAGCAAGGCAACAGGAAAGGGAGUCUCAGCCUCUCAAACAAGUUGAAAACUACACGUCCCAUACUUCAAGCAUGACACAGGUACACCAACCCAUACACAGCUCACCAGUCAAAUCACCUGUCCAUAGGAGUGAGGGAGUGACUGUAGCUUUUGGAAGAACUACCAAGAUACAACACCAAAGAUCACCAUCUGCUGGAAAGAGUAUGGUGAGAAGGCACAGCUUAGAAAAUGACAGUGUUAUGUCCCCACCAAGGCAAAACCCAGCAGGACGUGCAAGGCCCAUAUCUGCACAAGUCAAGCCAAAGAACACCAUCAUCACACGCAGUAAUAGUGCUGACAAACUUCUACAAGUUACAAGUGCUCGCUUGGUUCCAGCUCAAAGACCUCCAUCAGCUAAAACAAUACACAGACCUGCAAGGAAACCUGUCCCAAAUCCCAAUCAAAGUCGAUCACCAUUUGAAAGUUAUGCACAAACACAUGGAACAAUAUCAAAAAGCUCACUAAAAUCUUUACAAUCCAGAGUUUGGUAGAUUUACCUUCUGUAGGCUCUUAUACAAUUGAACCAUUUUGUUUCAAAUUUCUUGAUUGCUUUCCUGAUGUUAUCUGCAGGGAACUUUUUACUUAAUUUAUUCAGUGUGCAAGUAUAAUGAAAAAAAUUAAUCAAUUUAUGUAGAUUUGCAUCUUGCUAACUCCUUUCUACCACAGCUUUAUAUGUUAGUAAAUUUCUCUUUGAAAACCAUUUUAUGUCAAUUAUUAUAUAAAUCAAAUUGUAAAUAAAUUUUGGCAGCAGCUACAUGAUUGUAAAAAUUAUUGUAAAAUCUCUUAAGUAGCUGCUAAAUUGAUAAGUGAUUACAACAAAGCAUUUUUUUGUCAGCAGUCCAGAGUACUACUUUGCCAUAUGACAGGUUCGAUUUGAAAACACAUCUUUUUCCAGCUAGUAUUUAAAUUUUCAGUUUAGUUUAAAGAUUUUGAUAGUAUUACAAAUUGAGUUAGAUAACUUUGAUAUUUAAAAAACAUCGUUUUUCUUAGAAGUAUUCAAUCUCUAAUAUGGUGCUCCCAUGUUGGAGUAACUUAAGGGUAUACAAUUACUAAAGGGUAAAGCUAAGAAACAAAUACUUAUGCUAAGAAGUAGAUAAUUUAAAUAUCAUUCUCUUCAUCUGCAUGUUAUAUAAGCCACCAGUGCAAUCAGCAAGUUCCCUUGUAAUUUCUGUGAAUAGUGAAUUAUAUUUUAGAAGAGCAAAGAUGGAGGAUUUGUACAUAUCACUUCUGUUUCAUAUUUUUGUCUUUCUUGUAUAACUAUGGAAACAGCAGAGGAUUUAUUGUCAACUGUGGAUUUGUCAAAAAUAAACUUUGAAAGCCUGA